AUGGAGUCUAAUCCUACUCAGUUACCUGUGGUACGGGACUCCAGCUGCUCUCCACCGAGCUCCAAACAGAACCGACCAACAUUCAACCCCAACCUGAAACCCAACCAGGUCAGCGAGACCGCGCUGUAUGGAAUACCCAUAGUCUGCCUGGUGCUGGACGGCCAGGAGAGACUGUGCCUGGCGCAAAUCUCCAACACUCUGCUGAAAAACUACAGCUAUAACGAGAUCCACAACCGGCGCGUGGCUCUGGGCAUCACCUGCGUGCAAUGCACCCCGGUCCAGCUGGAGAUUCUGAGGCGUGCGGGCGCCAUGCCCAUCUCCUCGAGGCGCUGCGGGAUGAUCACAAAGCGCGAAGCAGAGAGGCUUUGUAAAUCGUUUAUCGGAGCCCACAACCCUCCAAAACUACCGGAGAAUUUCGCGUUUGAUGUUUCCCACGAGUGCACGUGGGGGAGCCGUGGUAACUUUAUACCAGCCAGGUACAACAGCUCCCGAGCCAAGUGCAUCAAAUGCUCUUUCUGUAAUAUGUAUUUUUCUCCCAAUAAGUUCAUAUUUCACUCUCACCGAACAUCAGAAUCCAAGUAUACCCAGCCAGACGCUGCUAACUUUAACUCCUGGAGGAGACACCUCAAACUGACCGACAAGGGCUCACCGGAUGAUUUAGCUCAUGCGUGGGAGGACGUCAAAGCCAUGUUCAACGGGGGCAGCCGGAAGAGGACGCUGCCCAUGCACCGCCACGGGCCCGAACGUUCCUCUCUGUUAAAACCUCACCAAGGACCUUCCAACCUGCUCCGGAGAGACUCGCCGGAGAUCCCCCCUAAAAUCCUCCGCUGCGAGGACAACCGGGGAGGCAUGGGGAGUAUGGCGAGCAUCACGCGCAGCUAUCCCAUUAUCCCGGUGCCCAGCAAAAGCUACGGGAUGUUGCAGAACGUGAAGAUCCCUCCACCUCUCUUCCCACACCCAUACGGGUUUCCGGCCUUCGGGUUGUGUCAGAAGAAGGAUGACAGUGGUGUGAUGGGGGAACCGAAUAAAGCCCACCUCUCUGGCGUCUUCUCCUGGCCGCGCACCAAGGACAGCGCCUACCACUCUUUCCCCAUGUUCUGGCCUACUGUAGACGGCCUGCCCAUACCGUCCUUCCCCCAGCCCCAGCCACAGCACCAGGCCCAGCACCAGGCCCACCCCCAGCCACAGCACCAGGCCCAGCCCAAACAGCCAUCGGAGGUCCUGUGCGCUAGACAGAGUGAGCUGGACUCAUCCGAGCAGGGUGACAGAAAUAGCAAAGCACCAAAGGACAGCCUGGGGGAUAGUGAGCGGUGCUCCAGCACUCAGUCCACCCGGAAUGAGGAUGACAAGUCCGGGGAUGAGGCGAGGUCAAUGGACGGUAAAAUGCCUGUUCUGCCCCGGAAGAUUAGCUAUGUCUCCGCAUUCAGACCCGUCAUCAAAGACGCGGAGAGUAUAGCCAAACUGUACGGUAACCGGGGGAAGUACAACGGGGCUCGAGCUGGGUAUCUGUCACCUGAUUUCCUGAGCGAGAGCUCGAGCUACAGGUCCUUGUCGCCAGGCAGCGUGGAGAGCGUUGGCGAGACAGAUGUGGACGUGGAGACCAAUAAGUCACAGGAGGAUGAGGAGUCACUUCCGCACUCCAUUGAGGACUGCAGGAGCCCUCCUGUCCCUGUUCUAAGCCUGACGCGCGGUGCAGGUUCACCAAACGGCCUGGAAUCCAUACCUGAGCCAGAGCAGGCCGCUGUGGUCGACUCACAGAGAAUGAACCGACCUUUACAGGUGGAGCUGUCUUCAAAUAGAGAUAGACAGGGCAAACAGCUGCCGGACUGCAAUAACAUCACGUCUUUUGAUGAAGUGAGUGAUUGA